AUGGACGAUGCGACUCUGACCCGCAAGAUCCGCGCCUUCCUCGACUCAGGCGAGAUGAAAGUUGGCGAGUUCCAAAAAGCCAUCAACGUGACCAGCAAUGCGUAUUCGCGCUUUAUGGGUCAGAACGGCCCAGAGAAAGGGUUAGAAAGCUCGGUGUACGAUGCUGCGUGGGCGUUCUUCAAGAAGCGGGAGUUGCGAGGGAUCAAGAUGCCCAAGAAGCAGAAGACCGCGGCUGGUGCGGGACCAGCUGCGUCAAAUAGCGGUGUACCGAGUGUCGAGGGGAUUGUGUUGGACGGGGAGAUGGAGGAGAAAGUGCCUGUCUUCGACACAUGCGACGAUAUCCGGCGCAAGAUAAAUGCGCAUCUCAAGCUUCUGGGUGUGACACAAGCCUCCUUCCUUCGCAAUGUCAUGGCGCAAUUCCACCCUGAGCGUCGUGUGCAGUCCAGCCAGCUUGCCUCUUUCCGCUCCAAGAAGGGUCCGUAUGCUGGUAACACCUCAUCCGUUUACUAUGGCGCUUAUGUGUAUUUCGAAAAACUCAGGAUCAAGGAGAACAAGCCCAAAGGGAAGAAGCGAGAGGAGAUGGAGAGGCUGUACGCUGCAGAGGGUGGUAUCGAUCGCAAGCACAGCCACAAUUGGUACACUGUGAUGCAGGGCUCAUCCGUACACGAGGAUCAGUAUGGCAGGAUUCAUAUUUCAGGACCAAGGGAGAACCGUGUCUAUUGA